AUAUAGAGCCAUAGAGGUAUGUCUAAUCAACCAUUAAUAACUUUGCCCGUUGUUUCUUAUUCUUUUUUAUGCUCUCUUUAAUCUUUAUACUUCAUCAGACUUUCUGAUGAGCCUUAUCUUCUGAUCAUCAACACGAGAAAGAAAGAGAGAGAGAUCUAUCUAGAUCAUUACCAAUGGGUUCUUCAUUUCAUCACUUUAUAUUGGUGAUACUUUGUAGUAGUUGUUUAUUAGGUGCUGUUGCUGCUGCCUCAUCACCAAAAACAAGACAUUUUAGAUGGGAAGUAGCGAAUAUGUUUUGGUCGCCAGAUUGCUUAGAAAAUGUAGUAAUGGGUAUCAAUGGUCAAUUUCCUGGUCCAACGAUCAGGGCUAAAGCUGGUGAUACUAUUGUUGUUCAUCUUACUAAUAAACUGCAUACUGAAGGUCUAGGCAUUCAUUGGCACGGCAUCAGACAAUUUGACACACCAUGGGCAGAUGGAACAGCUUCAAUCUCACAGUGUGCUAUUAAUCCCGAAGAAACCUUUGUUUACAGGUUCAAAGUUGAUAAGGCGGGCACAUAUUUUUACCAUGGACAUUAUGGUAUGCAAAGAUCAGCUGGCUUGUAUGGGUCGCUGGUCGUUGAUGUGGCCGAUGGUGAGAAAGAGCCUUUCCAUUAUGAUGGAGAAUUCAACAUACUCUUGAGUGAUUGGUGGCACAAAAAUGUACACGAGCAAGAAGUUGGUCUAUCUUCUAAACCCUUGCGUUGGAUUGGCGAGCCACAGUCAAUUCUGCUGAAUGGUAGAGGACAAUUCAAUUGCUCACUUGCUGCCCGUCUUGGCAACGGUUCUAGUAGUUUGUGUAGUUUAAGAGCAGAUGCCCAGUGCGCACCCCAGGUUCUUCGUGUUCAGCCAAACAAAACAUACAGAUUGCGGAUUGCAAGUACUACAUCUCUUUCUUCUCUCAACCUCGCCAUUGGGAAUCACAAAAUGGUACUGGUGGAAGCUGAUGGGAAUUACAUUAAACCAGUGGCAGUGGACAACAUCGAUAUUUACUCGGGGGAGAGCUAUUCAGUUCUUUUUACUACUGAUCAGAACCCAUCAAAGAAUUACUGGAUUUCUGCAAGUCAGAGAGGAAGAAAACCUCCUGUUCCUCCACCAGGCCUUACCUUCUUAAACUACUUGCCUAAUUCUCCAUCCGUUCCAACCUCCGCUCUUCCUCAAUCUCCUGCAUGGGAUGAUAUUACUGCCAGUAAGUCCUUUGCCAAUAAGAUUGUUGCAUUACUAGGCUUACCCACGCCUCCAAUUCGACAUGAUCGUCGAAUCUUUUUGCUAAACACACAAAACAGGAUCGAUGGGUUUAUCAAAUGGUCCAUCAACAAUGUCUCAUUAGUCUUACCAUCAACUCCUUAUUUGGGUUCCAUCAAACAUAAACUCAAAGGUGCUUUUGAUGAUAAAAGCCCGCCAGAGACCUUUUCUAGUAAUUAUGACAUACGGAUACCACCAGUGAACCCUAAUGCCACACAGAGCAGUGGUGUCUACAAGAUUGAGUUCAACACUACUGUCGAUGUGAUUCUUCAAAACACAAAUGCAUUGGCUGCAAAUGUGAGUGAGAUACAUCCAUGGCACUUACAUGGCCAUGAUUUCUGGGUUUUGGGAUACGGUGAAGGGAUGUAUUCAGAGGAAAAACAUGGGAAGCAGCUGAAUUUGAAGAACCCGCCAUUGAGAAAUACAGUGGUUAUUUUCCCAUACGGAUGGACAGUUAUAAGAUUCGUUGCGGAUAAUCCAGGUGUUUGGGCGUUCCAUUGCCAUAUAGAACCUCAUUUGCAUAUGGGUAUGGGGGUCAUUUUUGCUGAAGCUGUAGAUCGUGUUAAAAACAUACCUGAUGAAGCUAUAGCAUGUGGGCAGACAGGGAAAAUGUUUAUGCACAACCAUCACGGAUGAUAGCAUGAGUACAGUAUUUUGUUUAGCCUCCAAAUAUAUAGAGGCUGUUGAUUUUCAGAUGUUGCAUAUUUCUUUCCACGGAGGGACUGUGUUGUAGUGGCCCUAUUCUCUGGUACAGCUUAUCAUGCCUUGAAAUUAAGUUGCAGAAUUACUUGCUGAAUUGUAUCUCCCCUUUGAGAAUAUAUAAUAUUUUCUGAUUUUUAGUUAA